AUGAAUCAACACCAGAAAGCAAAUGCUGAAGCCCGUCAUGGAAUCUACCAAUCGAAGGACUACCAUGAUAUCGAGUUGAAGUGCAAGGACGGCGUUAUCUUCGCACAUAGUGCAAUACUGCUACCUCGCUCCGCGGUCCUCGCAAAUAGGGAAGAUGAGAGAUGGAGCGUCAUUGAACCAAAUCUACGACACUUUGAUAUGUCAGAUCAGCAUUCACUCAUCGUCAACGCAGCGCUUUCGUACAUCUAUACUUCCGAAUACAAUGAUGACCCUUCUGGCACCUAUUCACAUUUGAAUGUGCUUCCUCGCAUCCUCCCUCUGCCUCAUCAACCCCAGCAUUCCUUUCCACCUGCUCAAAACCUUGACGACUCACGAUUGGUUUUCAACACGGAAAUGUACAUCUUCGCCCGCAAAUACAAGAUCGAAACGCUGGAAUACCUAGCCGUUGAGAAAUUCAAUGGUGUCGCGCAUCUUCCUUCACCUCCCUUACUUACCCCCAACACAGAAGUACUAGAGAGAAGACCUGCUUUUGUCGCAGCCGGAUCUCUCCUCUGCGACAACAUGCCAGAUCUUGUUGACAGGGAGAGCGAUGAGUUAUGGAGGACUAUUAAAGUGAUAUCGUUCAUGAAUUACAUGAUUUUGAAGGACGCGAGAUGGAUGGCUCGGCAAGAGACGAGAAUUUUUUGGGAAAGGGAAGAUUUUGUGACCGAGCUGUUAGAAACGGGAUGGCAUCUGCAUCGCGACGUUUCAAUGCGUCUGAGAAACAUGGGGUAA